AGGUAAGCAGAUUUCAGGAAUCUCCCUCUAGCACUCUUCUUUGAUUUCUCAUAUUCUAUUGCCACGAAAAGAAAGAUGAACGGUACUGACGCGAAGCAGAGCGCUGGCUACUUUAAAGAGAAGGCUGUUAUCGGCCUCAGCAACUUCACCGGGGAUGAAAUCGAUAAGGCAAUCAUGAAAGCCACAAGCCAUGCACUCAAAGCACCGAAGGAGAAGUACGUCCAGAGGCUUGUUGCGGCAUCCUACGGCCAAUACGGAUACAAGCUGAAGGAAGGCCUUUCUCAUAACGAGUAUAUUGUGCGAGAACUGGAGAAGAGGUCACACACGCACAACUGGGUUAUCGUACUAAAAACGAUGGUUGCUUUUCAUCGCCUCCUGUGCGACGCAUCUGACGACAUGGUAGAGACGAUUUGCAUUUUCCGAAACGUUUUUAAUCAGUCGCAUCUAAAGAAUCUCGCUCAAACAAAUGACGGGGCUGGGCAGGCUUACUUCAUUACACAGUACAUGGUGUACUUGGAGGAGCGCUGUGCAAUGCAGAACGCCCUCGGAAAGUGCCACCGCAUCGAACUUCCUCAAUUUGAGGAGUAUCUGAACACGCUUAACCCAGACACGUUGCAACCCGUCUUUGAAGUGUUGCUUCGGUUGCUGGAGACGUUGUCUGUGGUACAGUACCGUGAGGUCAUCGUGAACAACUUCUGUACGAUGGAGGCGUAUCAGCUUCUUGUCAAGGACGGCAAGCGUGUUUUUCAGUUGCUUGCCAAGCGUGUAAUUUUCAUUCUUGAUGGCUUCGAGGAACUGACACUUCCCGAGAAGAAGCGAUGGUUUGGGCUAUACAGGCGAUAUGAGAGCGCUUUUCUUUCUUUAAAAGCGUUCUUCGAUGCUAUUUUGCGUUCUUCAAAGGUGUUCGUGGAGCCUGUGCCGCAACUGAAGCCUCUUCCACCAUCACUGGCUGCUCGUCUGGAAAGCAACAUUCGGGCAAGCGAAAUACCAACGGAGGUGCCAUGCACGUUGGCAGAUCUUGGGAUUCGCAGCGCGGAAGACAAGCGAGUCGAGCCGGAAAAGGAGGUUCUGAAGGCUACUCCUCCGCAGCCUCAAGCGCAACCGGCGCCGCAACCGAAGACAGUAGCUCCGCCUAAGCCCGUUGUUCCGGCCUUUUCUAUGGAUGAUUUGUUCGUUUCUACUCCUGAACCCGCCAAAGCAGCACCACUACCGGCUGCCGCGGCCUUUGACCCGUGGGCAUCUCAGCAACCCGUGUCGUCUGCACAGCCUGUUGCCGCUCAAGCACAGUGGGAUAGCGGUGCCCCAACAGGCUGGUCAUCCGGGCCCCCACAAGAAUGGGCAUCUGGUGUUCCAGCUCCGGCGCAGCCGCAGAGUUCGCAACAGGCGCCUGCUCUGUACCAAGGGAGUAGUACCGCUUCUCCAGCGCCGGAAAUGAGCCCGCCGCAGACGGCAUCUCAAAGCACCUCUAAGCCAGCCACUGCGCCAAAGAAGGCGAAUGAUCCGUUCAAAGACCUCUACGACCAAUCCCACCGCAACUUUUAG